AGAAUAUGGACGGGAGAGAGAGAGAGAGAGAGAGGGGGGGGGGGGUCUGCUGCUGCUAUCACCUGGACACCCUGAAGCCUUGCCUUAUAGAAGAGGCAGAGUUGUAAUGUGGCAGAGACGAACGCAAUCAAUCAACCCUCUGCUUUUGAUGAUUCAAGAACAUCCUUGAGGUUCGGUUUCUCAAGAGGAAAGUGGAGUAGAUUUAUGUGUUUCUUCUUGGUAAAGGACCCAGCUUUAGAAGAACCGUGAUGGGUUUUCCACAUCUUGAUCACCACUACCAUGAAGAGCUUCGUGGUCUCCCUUACUACGAUCUUGCUAACAACGAGAGACUGAACUUGGGCGAUGGCCUAUCAAAUGCCUAUGGCAGAGAAUUGCUGCUAUCCAGCUACGGAGACUGGAGCUUAAACCAUGAGGCAUCACCUAUAAACUCACAGCUUACUCAAGAACAAGCAUUCAUGAACCAGCUGCUACAAGAACACCAGCUGAUCAUCCUGGAGAAGGUGAAGGAGGAGUUGCUGGGCCUUCGGCCGCUGCCGCCGAGGAACUUUUCAGAAAGCUCAAGCUUCGACGCAUACGGCUGCAUGGCGGCAUUGGCAACUCCGGCGAUGCUGGAGCCGCCGUCGACAUCCUUGGACGCGGAUCUUCCGGCGCUGGAAUUGUUACCUUCCGGCUUUGAUCACCAUCUGCAAGAGUCAAUUCCGGGUUCAUUUUUCCUGCACCAAAAGUCACUGUUGCAUGCUCUGGAGCUGCAGUCUGUGAUCAGUGGAGUAACAGCAGAAAAUAGACGAUGCAAUUCUCCCUGGGAACAAAAACCAUCUCCCACACCACCACUCAGAAAGCUUCAGUUUGAGCACCGAUCUUCUAUCUCUCCUUUAAAGAUUAGAAAGGAGAAACUGGGUGACAGGAUCGCAGCAUUACAGCAGCUUGUGGCACCAUUUGGCAAGACUGACACGGCUUCAGUGUUGAUGGAGGCGAUUGGUUGCAUCAAGUAUCUCCUAGGCCAAGUUGAGAAUUUAACUGAAAAAUACACGAGAUUAUCUGGAAAUAAAAGAUCAAGAACAGUAAUGCAAGAGGCAGCAGAUAAACUAGGGGAGGAGAGUUUUGAGCCGAAGGGAGGUUUGAGGAGCAGAGGACUCUGUUUGGUGCCUUUGUCAUGCACAUCAUACAUCGUUUCUGAAGAAACUGAUUGAAUCU